CCCAAAAACACCUCCUUGUCCUUCCCACCGCGCGUCCUCCCCUUCUCCACAUGGAGGGCAGGGGCGCGCCUUGAUGCCUCCUCCCGUCGCAGAGGCGCGGCGGUCCGGACACCUGGAGGAGGAUCUCUCAGCGGCAAAGUUGCGAAGAGCCGCAGUCGCCCUUAAGUUUCCGCGCGUUCCCGCGGAGCUCUGCUAGGGCCACGAUGGCGAGGCGGCCGCCCGAGGGGUCUCGCGCACCCGCCGCUCACUCGCGCUCACCGCGGAGUAAGUGUAGCCGAGUUCGACGGGAUAAAGAGUCGCUGGUCGCGUGGAGCCUCGUGCUCGCGUGCCUCGCGACCUGCUGCGCCCGCUGCGGGGCCGAGAGCGACUUCUCCAUCCUGGAAGAGGCGCAAGUUUUAGCGGUGCAGAUGAAGAAGCUGUCGGCGCAGGAGCUCGGAGUUUUCACCAUGCAGAGAAUUUUCAACUCCUUUGUGUACACUGAGAAGACUUCAAGUGGAGAGACGGAGGUGCAGCAGCUGGCGAAGAAGAUCCGUGAGAAGUUCAACCGGUACCUAGAUGUAGUGAACAGGAACAAGCAGGUGGUGGAGGCCUCCUACACUGCCCACUUGACCUCGCCACUGACGGCCAUCCAGGACUGCUGUUCCAUACCACCGUCAAUGAUGGACUUCGAUGGGAAUUUCAACACAAACGUCUCCAAAACCAUCUGCUGUGACCGCCUGUCUCCCACCGUCAACAGCCGAGCUUUUAAUCCUGGCCGGGACCUCAAUUCAGUUCUUGCAGACAACCUCAAAUCCAACCCUGGGAUCAAGUGGCAGUACUUCAGCUCGGAAGAGGGUAUAUUCACCGUGUUCCCGGCCCACAAGUUCCAAUGCAAGGGUACUUAUGAGCACCGGAGCAGGCCCGUCUAUGUUUCUGCAGUGAGGCCCCAGGCCAAGCAUGUUGUCGUGAUCAUUGACCAUGGAGCAUUGCUCACCGACACGCAGCUUCAGAUAGCCCGAGACUCUGCACUUGUCAUCCUUAACUCCAUCGACGAGCACGACAAGGUUUCUGUGCUGGCAGUGGCUGACAUGGUCCGCUCCUGUUCGCUGGACCAGUGCUAUAAGACUUUCCUGUCGCCCGCCACCAGUGAGACUAAGAGGAAGAUGGCCUCUUUCAUCAACAGCAUCAAAGCUUCAGACAGUCCCACACAGCAUGCCUUGGGCUUCCAAAAGGCCUUCCAGCUCCUCAGGAACACCAGCAAUGUUAUCAGACUGCAGACCAACACUGACAUGGUGAUCAUCUACCUUUCCUCGGGUGUGACUUCCAGGGACUCUUCUGAGAGCGAGAAGAGAGCUACCCUCAGUGUGGUAAAGGAAGAGAACCAGUACCUCAACAACUCGGUUAUGAUCCUCACUUAUGCGCUCAUGAAUGAGGGCUUGACAGGCCUUAAGGAGCUAGCCUUCCUCAGGGACCUGGCAGAGCAGAACUCUGUCAAGUACGGUGUGCCAGAUCGCUCUGCCUUGCCAGUGGUUAAAGGCAGUAUGAUGGUGCUGAACCAGCUCAGUAACCUGGAGACCACAGUGGGCCGCUUCUACAUCAACUUGCCCAACCGCAUGAUCGACAAGGCAGGAUUCAGUCUGCCUUAUGCAGACCCAAUGGGGGAUGGUUUCAUCAUGACGGUUAGCCGCCCAUGCUAUUUUGGCAAUCUGUUACUAGGUGUUGUGGGAGUGGACAUGAACCUGGCCUACAUCCUGGAAGACGUCACCUACUACCAGGAUUCCUUGGCCUCCUACACGUUUCUCAUCGAUAACAAAGGCUACACCCUCAUGCACCCAUCCCUCACGAGGCCCUACCUGAUGAGUGAGCCACCCCUGCACACUGACAUUAUUCACUAUGAGAACAUCCCAGGCUUUCAGCAGGUCCGCCAGAACAUCCUCAGCCUCCCUCUGGGCAGCCAGGUGAUCGCUGUGCCUGUGAACGCCUCCCUGUCCUGGCAUCUGAAUCGCCUCCGGGAUCUGAAUCGAGAGGCCUACAACGUCAGCUACGCCUGGAAACUGGUGCAGGAUACCUCCUUCAUCCUAUGCAUCGUGUACGUGCAGCCAGAGAUCCCCGUCAAGACCUUGAAGAAUCUCAACACAGUCCCAAGCAGCAAGCUCCUGUAUCACCGCUUGGACCUCCUGGGCCAGCCUAGCUCCUGUCUGCACUUCAAGCAACUCGCUACUGUUGAAAGCCCAACUGUGAUGCUGUCGGCUGGGAGCUUCUCCUCCCCCUAUGAGCACCUGAGCCAGCCAGAGACCAAGCGCAUGGUGGAGCACUACACGGCCUACCUGAGCGACAACACUCGUCUCAUUGCCAACCCGGGCCUCAAGUCGUCUGUCAGAAACGAAGUAAUGGCCACCAGUCACGUCACCGAUGAAUGGAUGACACAAAUGGAAAUGAGUAGCCUGAACUGUUACAUUGUGCGGCGUUACAUAGCAACGCCCAAUGGGGUGCUGCGGAUUUACCCUGGGUCUCUCAUGGAUAAAGCCUUCGACCCCACCAGAAGACAAUGGUACCUGCAUGCCGUGGCCAAUCCUGGGCUCAUCACCUUUACUGGCCCAUACCUGGAUGUAGGCGGUGCUGGUUACGUGGUCACUAUAAGCCACACCAUUCAUGCCUCCAGCUCCCAAAUGACCUCUGGGUCCACAGUGGCUGUGAUGGGGAUAGACUUCACCCUGCGCUACUUCUACAAGGUUCUAUUGGACCUACUCCCCAUCUGCAACCAGGACAGGGGCAAUAAAAUCCGCUGUUUCAUCAUGGAAGACCGAGGUUACCUGGUGGCACACCCGACCCUGAUUGACCCCAAAGGUCACGCUCCUGCCGAACAGCAGCACAUCACCCACAAGGAGCCGCUCGUUGCCAACGAUAUUCUCAACCACCCCAACUUUGUGAAAAAGAAUGUGUGCAACAGCUUCAGUGACCGUACGGUGCAGAGGUUCUACAAGUUCAACACCAGUAUUGUGGGUGAUUUGACAAACCUGGUUCACGGCAGCCACUGCUCCAAGUACCGGCUGACCCGUAUCCCUGGGACCAAUGCCUUUGCUGGCAUUGUCAAUGAGACAUGUGAUUCACUAGCUUUCUGUGCCUGCAGCACUGUGGACCGGCUCUGUCUCAAUUGCCACAGGAUGGAGCAGAACGAGUGCGAGUGCCCUUGUGAGUGCCCCCUAGAGGUGAACGAGUGCACUGGCAACCUCACCAAUGCUGAGAAUAGGAAUCCGAGCUGCGAGGUGCACCAGGAGCCCCUCUCAGUAACCGUCAUGGAUGCCAGCCUGCAGGAAACGCUGCCCCAGUGCAUCAACACACGCUGUAGCCAGCGCUUCACCAGCAGUGACUGCUUUGGAGUGCUGGACUGUGAAUGGUGCAUGGUGGACCGCGACGGCAAAACACAUCUGGAUAAACCUUACUGCGCCUUGCAAAAGGAGUGCUUUGGAGGGAUUGUGGGAGCCAAGAGCCCCUAUGCAGAUGGUCUGGGUCAUCUGGAAGACGAAGUUGCCUCACUCAACAUGAUCAAGAGCGCCCCAGUAGGACCUGUGGCUGGAGGCAUCAUGGGAUGCAUUAUGGUCCUGGUUCUGGCAGUAUAUGCGUACCGGCACCAGAUCCACCGUCGAAGCCACCAACACAUGUCUCCAUUGGCUGCUCAAGAGAUGUCAGUCAGAAUGUCCAACCUGGACAACGAGCGUGACGACAGGGAUGAGGACAGUCAUGAAGACCGGGGAAUAAUCAGCAACACACGCUUCAUUGCUGCAGUGAUCGAGAGGCACACGCACAGCCCAGAGCGCAGGCGGCGGUACUGGGGCAGGUCCGGCACGGAGAGCGACCACGGGUACAGCACUAUGAGCCCCCAGGAGGACAGUGAGAAUCCACCCUGCAACAGUGACCCUCUCUCAGCGGGUGUGGAUGUGGGUGGCCAGGAUGAAGAUCUAGACCUGGACACCCCCCCGCAGACGGCGGCACUGCUUAGCCACAAGUUCCACCCAUAUCGGCACCCACACCACCACCCGCUGCACCACACGCACCACCUGCAGGCUGCCGUGACCGUGCACAGCGUGGAUGCCGAGUGCUGAUUGGUCUGCCCACCUGUUGGUCCAGUCUGGCUCUUCCGCUUUGGCACCCUGCCCAUGGAUCUGCUGUUUGAUCCCAAUGGACCUGCCGAAGGCGAGUGGAAGGAUGGAGGACUUAGGGGAAACAGAGGAGCGUCUGCCAUUUUCAACCUUGGUGGAGGUGCUCUCUGAAGGGGGUCCCUCUUGACCUUUGCGGGACAACACAACCGGUGCCGUGGAAUACGGGACAAGCGAAGUAGCAGCCAAUGGAGGGGAUUUGCCUAAAGAUGUUUGACAUUCUACAGAAAAAAAAAUUAAAGGAAUAUUUUUCUACUAUUUAUUCAGAGAACCAGAACUUAAUGAGCAAAUACCCCCUGUGUGUUCCACUGACUACAGGUGUGUCCUAUAGCUCCAAAGACCUGGCCUGCUCUUUGCUGUGCUACUGCUAUGGCAGCAGCGGAGGAACCAAUAUUCAGCACUUCUCAGGCAACUACGCUUAGAUGUCAUUUGAUAAAAAAAAAAUGUUGAAGACUGCAUACAACACUAAAACUUACUGUAAGUGCUUGAAAUGUUACGUCUAUGACUGCAAAAAGAUAAUAGUUGAAGUGACUUUUAUAAUGCAGUGGAGGUACAAAAAGGUAAGGAUCUCUUCUGAACACUCGUUUCAUUCCACCUGUCAGGAUGCUGCCAGAGCCCUUGACCGGGCACUCUGACCGCCUACACCGACAUCCAAACUACGCAGACUUGACAGAACACAUAAGGGAACACAGUGUGACACCUGUUCUGGCUUAAGAGACAGGGCCGUUCCUUCCCUCGGCUGUGUGUGUGUGUCAGUGUAGACUGCUGGGAGUUUUCCAAGCUUUCAUAAGCUUUCUGUCCUUACCAUUGCAUUGCUUACUCUUUACAGUUUGAAUGAAGUUCAGCUGUGUGUGUCUCCAUAUCUGCUAGAGACACAGGAAUUGGUUACAUGUAAUUAAAUGGGACACAGCAGCUUAACAUAUCCACUGAAGAUUGGAUUAUUUGUUUUAAUUUUUAAAAUUGGGAGCAAGGGAUCAUAAAGGCUUUUAUGUUUAUACACCCGCCCAAUGCACUGUUUAAUGUCAAAGGGACUGUUGUAAGUAUUCUCCAUACUGUUAUAGAUCACAUUUAAAAAAUCAGAGAUAAUAGUUGGGCUAUAGUGGGCUAUAAUUUUCAAGAGUUCCACCCCAGAAAUAUUGUGUGUGUAUAUGUAUAUAUGUCUAGGCAUAACAAAUAGCUAAAAAUGUGUGUUAUACUACAAUUCAUGGUCCUUGAAAUUUAUGUGUAAAGUGUAUUACAUUGUGUGGUACUUCUAAUCUUCAGUUUGAAGUUGUUUUCAGUUAGGAGAUGUCCUUCUUAUAAUUUUGGGCAUAUCAAGCUCCCCAGUACAUUGUCCAUAUUGGAAUAUUGGAGUGAAAUUACUGAUCAUGUGUCAUCACUUGACAAUGUAUGUAUUUUAAAUGUUACCCAUAUGUUUGACCAUGUAACAUCUGCUGAAUUUCAUAUUGCAAUGCAUUUUUAGUUCUGGAAUUCAGUAAAUUUUACCAGUUUUCCUGAAUGCAAGUAAUAGUACAUCAGAUUAAAAGCCUUUAAUAUAGCAUUAAUUUACAAUCUAAAUCUUGGAAAUCAAAUAUUUUACACGAAGCUACAAAAAAAUCGAUAAAGUAUUUGUGGCCUUCUGAUAACUCUUUGGUAUAAGCUUUUUCUCAUUGGAAGUGAUGCCAUUGUAACUUCCGUUGAUGGAGAUGAUUAACAGUAUUUAUUGACUGUUGUAAACAGGUAUAAUCUUGUGUAUACAGAACACUAUGUAUCACCUUGUUCUGAAGGAACUUCACUAAUUUUCUGUAUCAUUCCUUUAUUGCAUUAUAUAUGUAAAUUUAUGAAAUGGAGAUUUAUUGCAAAAAGAAUGUGAUAAAAAGUCCA